CUUUCACCCCCGGGGGAUACGAUCUGCGCGCAUGGGAUCGAAGGGCGGUUUUUCUACCUCAGUUUCCCCAAAGAUUAAAGGAAACAAAAAGGAAAUCAAACAUCAAAGAUCGAACACAAGCGAAACGAAGCUCUUUAACGAUCCGAGAAAACAGAAAUCGAAAAAAAUUCUGACGGGGUUGUCGGUCGGCCGUGAAAAAUGUGUAUCACCUUGUGUGCCAACUGAGCAAGAGGGUUGGAAACCAAAGCACCCAUCAGAGGAUUUGAAAUCGGGAAAAAUCGCGAACCCGAAGAAUCGCGGUAAACUACCUGCCUCACUGCACCACAGACGCACUAAACGCGCUAUCCUCAAAGGCUUGAAGCAAAGCAAAGCUAAGGACACUUCAACCCAUUCCUCCUUGCUUCUGCGAAAUUUGCCGCCGUCAGUGAACUAUUCAUUGCUACAAAACACUAUCCCCACUGCUCACCGGUUCCAGUUGUUCAAGAGAGGCAGUAAACGACAUGCCUUUGCAAAGUUCAAGUCGAAAGAUGCGUGUGAAGAAGCAGCGAAAAACCUCAAAGGUCUGACAUUGGAUGGAUACCAAAUCAGCAUCACUUUCGUCACUCCCAAAGUUCACUUAGAGGGACUUGAUGAUGCCGGUGGCGAUGUAUCCCGGUGUCUCACUCUGGCCAAUUUGCCUUUUUCUCUGUGCAAAGAAGACUUACAAGAGGAGUUCCCGACGGCAAGUGAUGUGAUAAUGAACAUGAACAAGUUUGGUCGUUUUCGUGGUUCUUGUUUGCUCGUUUUCGACACAGUGGAUGACUGCAAAAUUGCUCGGAGUGCUUGCCAAGGCCGAGUCAUUGGAGGAAGACCAGUUAAAUACACUCUCGGAGUUCGUUUCGAAGCUCGAGCCCCAAAAGAUAGCCCGGUUUGUGGUAUUAAGAUCCGCGGCUUACCGUCGGAAGUAGAUGUAUCACAACUAAAGGCUCUGUUCCCCGAAGACGUAGUGACUAGAGCGCAUGUUAACGUGGAUUCAUCGAAAGUAACCCAGACGGGCGUUGUGGUUUUCACUGAUCGAGCUGCUCAGAAGGCUGCACUGCACCGGUUCGCUACUGAGAAGCUGUUCGGUUUGCGAUUGAGAGCUAGGCCAUGGGCACCUGUUGUAAGUCGCCACAAACGAAAGCUGAUUCCACAGCCAGUCCCCAUAUCUGAGCCCACAAUAACGGAUGGUUCAAAUACCGCAACCGAACAUUUUGCGACAGCCAAAAAAAUGAAAACCGAAGCUGAUGGGGAUCAGAAGCCUCUUAAAGCUAGUGUGAAAAAACACAAGCGCGAAAAAUCUCCCAAUGAUGACGAGCAUCACAAGAGCAAAAUGUCUAACAGUGCUGCUGAAUAUAGCAUAAUAAAGACGGUAACCACCCCCGGAAGCGUUCACAAGAGGAAGAACAUGCCUUUGAUGUCCCCGGAACUGGACGCAACGUUUGACGUCUCCACCACUACCGACAACAAAAGUGCAAAGAAAAACAAAAGGAGCGCCCAUGACUCACCUCUGAAUGCCAGCUUGCAAACCGUCGUUCAGGAAGAUCAGCCGAAGCCGAAGAAAGCCAGAGCUUCACUGGAAACGUCCUUCGGGAAGUCACACUUGCAUCCCAAAAAUACAUCAGAGAGUAGCGCCAAGAAAAAGAAGCUCAAAACUCCGGCCGUUUCUCUGAACGCGGAGUUUGCAUUUUUGCAUAUUUUUUUUUGUAAGAAUCAUCUGCAAAAAUAAAUUACCGUACUGCAACUUUCUCAUUUGAGAUAUCUUCGGCCAUAUUCG